AUGGCGAAAUCGUCAAUCGCCAAGAGCAAGAAGGCCACCGCUGCCGACAAUCUAAACUGUAUUGCUAAGUACGAGUUAAAAAUCAUGAGUUUUGUGAACAUUUGCAACACAUCUAAUGGAGCCAGUGCCGAUUCCCCAUCGGGCACACCACCUCGAGAAGUACUACGGGAUACACAUCGGGAGAAAACUGGCUUAAAAGUCGCCGCUAAACUGAAAUAUAAAAACAACUUUAUAAGAAGAGCGAAAAUGGAUCAUCAGUACAAGAACUGCAGCACGGAUCAAGAAAAACGUGAAGCUGUUACACCUCUACCUCCAUUCCGCCUGGCGUUUCAAAGCAGACGAUCUCUGACCGAGUUCCAAUAUUUGAACAAGAUUGCAGAAGGAGCCUUCGGAGCUGUGUUCAGAGCUCGGGAUAAGAAAAAAGACGAAAUAGUUGCUCUCAAAAGAAUUAAAACCGACAAUCGCAAUGAAGGAUUUUUCGUCGCAGCUUUGAGAGAACUAAAAAUAUUGCUCAAGAUUCAACAUCCAAAUAUUGUCGCCGGGCGGGAACUAGUAUUAGGCAACAAUAUGGAGGAAGUGUUCGUAGUCAUGGACUACGUGCCUCACGAUUUGAGGAGUUACAUGGAUGCCAUGCGCAAAAAACGACAAUUAUUUCCACCGGGCCAAGUCAAGUGUCUAAUGACACAGCUCUUGUGUGCUCUACAACAUCUUCACGAAAAUUGGAUACUUCAUCGUGAUCUUAAGCCCAGUAACAUAUUACUGUCACAUGAAGGUGUCCUAAAGGUGGCAGACUUCGGAUUGGCGCGAGAGUAUGGAUUGCCUCCCCGGCAAUACACGCCGGGUAUUGUCACCUUGUGGUACCGUGCGCCUGAAUUGUUACUGUUUUCAGACGAAUAUUGUACUCCAAUUGAUAUGUGGAGUAUUGGCUGCAUAUUCGCAGAAUUGGUUACUUUGCGGCCACUGUUUCCCGGACGAUCUGAGCUCGAUCAGAUAAACAGAAUCUUCGAGGGUUUGGGAACACCAACAGACACGACUUGGCCUGGCUACAGUGAGUUACCUGUAAGUAAUGUUACGUUUCAAAAGCAUCCAACAGGCCGAUUGCGAGAAAUGAUACGAAGCAAUCUACUUUCUGAAGAUGGGUUAGCUCUACUGGAAGAGUUUUUGUUGUAUGAUCCAGUGGAAAGAAUGACAGCAGCCGCAGCUUUGGAUCACCCAUACUUUAGAGAACAGCCAGUGGCGAUCGAACCGGACAUGAUGCUGACGUGGCCCGCCAAGUCGGAGGGAAAUCGUCAAUCGCCAAGGGCAAGAAGGCCACCGCUGCCGACAAUCCACGACACUUCAAGCUGA